AGAAUUUCAAAAAUGGCGGCCUCCAUGAAAAGAUUAAUUGAAGAGAAUGAUAAAGAAAUAAUGAAUAUCACAUGUUCUGAUGAAUAAUUCUAUGUAGACAUUAUUUCUUAUGUUAAAUAAUUUAGGUGCAAAAAAUGGAUUCCGAUACUCUUCUCACUGAAGUUCCAGAACCAUUGAAACGCUUAACAAGACUCAUUGUCAGAGGCUUUUAUUCAAAGCAACAUGCAAUAGUUAUCGAUAUCAUUGUCAGACUAGCUUGCAUCAAAGAGGAUGAUAUGAUAGAGCUAUUGAAGUUUGAAAGAAAACAAUUGCGAGCGUUAAUCAACACUUUAAAAAAUGACAAGUUUGUUAAAGCCCAGAUGCGUGUGGAAACAGAUGCAGAAGGAAAAACAACCAGACAUAAUUAUUACUUUGUUAAUUAUAAUGUGUUUGUUAAUGUGGUUAAAUAUAAAUUAGAUCAUGUUCGGAGAAAAAUUGAAAUGGAGGAGAGAGACAACACAAGUCGUGCAUCUUUUAAAUGUCCUUCGUGUAUGAAAACAUACACAGACUUAGAAGCUGGUCAGUUAUUAGAUUUCAUGACACAAACAUUAAAAUGUACUUAUUGUAAUACUGAAGUGGAAGAAGAUGAAACAUCCAUGCCAAAACAGGAUGCUCGAACUAUGUUAGCUAAAUUCAAUGAACAGAUACAACCAAUAUAUGAUUUGUUAAAAGAAUGUGAAGACUAUAAAUUAGCACCUGAGGUCCUUGCUCCUGAACCAGUUGAUUUAAAGAAAAAUUUAAGAAAUCAAAAUGCCGGUGGAUCUAAAUCAGCUAGCGAUAGAGAAAAUGCUACAUGGAGUGGUGAAUCAACUAGAAAUAUAGGGUUUAAUUAUUCUGAAAGUAGUGUUACUAUUAAUAUGAGAGAAAACGACUUUACAUCACCAACUAAAGAUAAGAAAGAGAGACCCGUUUGGAUGACAACAAGUACUGUUGAUGGUAUACCGAUGCUUGAUGCCAAAGAGGAUGAUGCCUCGAAAGCAGAAGUGGGAACAUCUCAUGAAAAUAAUACACCUGUUAGUAGAGAUGACAUAAUGCAGACAUUAUUAGUCCAUGAACCAAAGGCAUCAACUGCUGGAGGUUUACCAUCUGCUAGAGGUGAAGAUAGUUCAAGUAGUGAUUCAGAUGAAGAUAAACCUACUACAUCUGCUGGUGUUGUGGAGGAAAUGGAAAGUGAUGAUGAUGACGAAGCUGUUGCUAUGGUGAUAAUAGGAGAUAAAAAGGUGCCAUUACAUGAGGUAACGGAUAGUAUGGUAGCUCAAAUGACACCUGCAGAAAAAGAAGAAUAUAUUAGAUUAAGUCAAGAAAUGUAUGAAGAUAUGUAUGAAUAAAUUCUCUUUAAAAGGGAAUUUCUCUAUUGUUAAAUAAUUUUCAGUGUUAAUAAAAAAUAUUUUUAUGUAUCAAA